AUGGGAGGAUGCCCCGUUCGAGGAGUGGGGAGUGAAGCAGGAGGAGGAGGAGGAGGAGGAGACGGGUGCCCGGUUCGAUACAAGAACAACAAGGUGUACAACGUUUAUGGGGAAGCUAUCGACCCUACGAACAUGAUGCCAGCUAAGGCACAGCAGCUGCCUUCUCCCGGACAAGCUGCUCCCCUUUCGCAGCACAGAGUUCAGUCCGGGAUAGCCAAGGGAGGGACAGACUCGACAUGGGUCUACCCGUCGGAGCAGAUGUUCUACAACGCGCUGGUGAGGAAGGGGAAGGGAGAGGAUGUGGGGAUGGACGACGUAGAGAUGAUGGUGGCGAUACACAACAACAUGAACGAGAAGACAUGGAGGCAGCUCCUCGUCUGGGAGCGCAUGCACUGCAAGCAAUGCGACGAUCCCCGCCUCCUCCGCUUCACCGGUCGGCCGGACGAGCUGUCGCUGCGAGCUCGGGUCUGGAAGAUGAUGGGGUUCGCUCCUCCCUUCGACCGCCAUGACUGGGUCGUCGACCGAUGCGGGCGGGAGGUGAGGUACAUCAUUGACUACUACCACAACGAAAAACUCCCGGUGGACAGCAAGAUGCCGCAGCAGUUCAACUUCAACUCUCAGACGCAGAUCGAGCUCGACGUCCGCCCCGCCCUUGACAGCUUCACUGCCUUCGGUGACCGCCUGCGCUUCGGCUUG